AUAAAUUUUCUCGUGCAAGAGAAAAAAAAACAAAAAAAAAAACAAAAGCCCUGCUGGCGAUUAAAGAUUGCUGAGAAGACACGUUGUCUCCGUGAGAAAGAGAGAGAGUUGCUUUUCUUCUUCUAGAGUCUCUUCUCGUUCUAAAUUUGAUUACUUUUCUUCUAAUGGCGGAAGCAGCAAUUAGCAGAACGAAUCUGAUAUUCCGAGGAGCUUGCGUGAAUCAACACCACCAUGCAGAUGAUUACUCUGUCUCAUCACCUGUGAGUUUCGGUCUGAGAAAGAGCUUCCCUUCUCUCAAGCUGAAGCCUUUUAAUCAAUUCCAGAGCUCCCGAUCAUCAUCCAUCACAGCUCAGACGACGCUGAGGAUCGGGACGCCUCAGAAAUGGUGGGAGAAGGGUCUGAAAGAGAACAUGAGAGAGAUCUCUUCAGCUCAGGAGCUUGUUGACUCUCUAACCAACGCUGGUGAUAAGCUCGUUGUGGUUGACUUCUUCUCUCCUGGCUGUGGUGGAUGCAAGGCUCUUCAUCCUAAGAUAUGUCAGUUGGCAGAGCAGAACCCUGAUGUGCAGUUUCUUCAGGUGAACUACGAGGAGCACAAGUCCAUGUGUUACAGUCUCGGUGUCCACGUCCUCCCUUUCUUCCGAUUCUACCGAGGCGCUCAUGGUCGUGUCUGCAGCUUCAGCUGCACAAAUGCUACGAUCAAGAAGUUCAGAGAUGCGUUGGCGAAGCAUAGUCCAGAUAGGUGCAGCCUCGGACCGACCAAAGGGCUUGAAGAGAAGGAGCUUGUGGCGCUUGCAGCUAACAAAGAACUCAACUUUAGUUACACACCGAGGGCUGUACCAGUUGAGGAAGAAGAAGCUCCCGUCCCCGCUUCAAAACCAGGUCUUCCUGUUCCUCAUUCAUCCAUGAGCGCCAAUGAUGAGAAGACAUUGGUCUCCGCAGGGAGAUGAUAUGGUUCUCUGUGAAAGAAUAAACAUUUCUCUGUACAGUUUGGUUGUACUAGCAACUGGAUAUAUAUGUUGCAGUACCUAAAAGUUGUAAGUUCUUGGAGCAGCCGGUUUAAUGGGGGUUUAGUUUUUUUUUCGGGUUCCCCUGAGCAAAACCGGUUUCAUGUGGUUUUCCUAGAGCAAGACCAGUUCCUAUGGUUCUCGAGUUUUGCUCAGUUCUUAUGGGAUUUAGAGUGGAAGGUCAUGUGCACACAAUGGAAGCUUUCUACUUCAAUCUGCUUCAGUAGGAUGCUUUGUUUCUUUGGCUUGUUUUUUUUUUUUUAACUGCUUUAAGGUAUUUCUAUGCAAGUAAAAACAUCCAGUGAAAAUUAUGUUGCAAAUAUCA